AUGGAAUUUUAUGAGAAAGAAUCAGUCCAUGGAAAAUGCCCCGCUUUCAAAGAUGGCUGUCCUUAUUCUAAGUUUGCUCAAGACAUCUUCAUGGAAGAAAUCAAGAAAUGUCCUGAAUUUAAAGAGGGAUGCCCAUUCAAAAACAUGGACAACAUCAAGGAGAUGUUGGAGGAGCUAUCCAAGAUGCCGGAAUCAAAACAUCAUGCAGGUCCAGCACACGAGCAGUUAUUAAGCUUACUGAAGGCCAUUCAUUCCGAAUCAAAAAGUUUGGAAGAAAAAGUUGGAGAGUGCCCUGUUUUCAAGACAAAGGAAGGCUGUCCAUUUAAGGAUGCCAGCAAAGAAGGGAAGCCUCUGAUAGAGCCACCUAGUGAUGUCCUGGAAAAUCAGACUGUCACUGACAUCAGUAAGUUGAAAGAGAAGUGUCCUGCUUUCAAAGACGGAUGUCCAUUUGCCAAGAUGGAUAAUGAAUCCCUUUUAGAAGAGAUCAAGAAAUGCCCUGAGUUCAAAGAGGGGUGUGCAUUCAAGGAUGCAAAAUCGGUGGAAGAAAUCCACAGCAAACUAUCGCAGAUGCCGAGUGGUGAGAAGGACUGUCACCAUAAAGAAGCUCUGAUGCAGACUAUGAAAGUUAUUCACAGUGUAGGCCAUGAGAAAGCUGAUGGGUGUCCACUGCUCCAAAAGGAUGGGUGUCCAUUUAAAAGUGUUGAGAGUGGUGGGAAGGCCAUUAUAAACCCCCCAGAGUCAGUUCUUCCAACAGAAGAAAUAAAAGCAGAGCAGGUUAGACCCUCAGUCCAUUCUGUUGGUCUAACAGAUUUGAAAGAAACCUGCCCUGCAUUUGAAUCUGGAUGUCCAUUUGCCAAGGUUGGAAGGAAAUACUUUGGAAAAGACCUGAAGGAAUGUCCCGAGUUCAAAAGUGGCUGUCCUUACAAGGAUAGUUCAGAUGUUGGGGAUCUUUAUCAAAGGCUUGCUAGUCUUCCUCAGUUUUCAGUCAAAAAAUCUCAUGGGGCUAAGUUGUUAGACAUUUUCAAGCAUGUUCAUGAAGUGUCGCAAUCUCUGAAAGAUGAGCUUGGGGAGUGUCCAGUGUUUGUGACUGAUGAGGGAUGUCCAUUCAAGACAGUGUGCAGUGACGGCAAACCCUUGAUUGACAAGCUCGAUGAUCAGCGGUGGACCAAGAUCCUACAAACCUCCCUAGAAGAUGUCAUUCACGAUGUCAGUGAAGAAAUUGAUAAAACUGAGCCAUCAAUGCAUCUUUCCAAGGAGCUCAAAAAAGGCACAAAGAGAGUGCAUAGAGAAGCAGAGAAUGUGCACUUUGUUAAAGAAUUUGCCAAAGGAAGAAUUGAAAGACAGUGGUACAAGGAACUCCUUGCUGAUCUCUAUUUUGUGUACAGGUUAGUUCUUUUCAUUAAGUCUUUGCAUUUAUUUCAAUUGUCUGUGUGUCAUGCUGCCUAUUAGAUGAACCCUUUUAUACCACUACCUGAGAAAUUUCUGCAAUUUGAUUGGCUUAGAGCAGUGGUAUUUCCUCUUAAUUUGAAAUACCUGCAUGUGAAAAUUACAAACCUUUUGUUGGUAGUAAGUACUGUAUAAACAAAUAAUAGCAUGAUUCGUAUGUGAUAUUUGGCAUAAAUACCACUCGUGAUAUUUCAAAAUUGUCUCAAAUUUCAUUCGCCUAACGGCUCGUGAAAUUAGUAUAACAAUUUCAAAAUAUCACUCGUGGUAUUUAUGCCAAAUAUCACUACAAAUCAUGCUAUUACCUAUACUAAUACCUUGGGUGGCAAAUUACUCCUUAAUUUUGGUGCGAAAUUGCAGCGUUAAUUUAGAAUUUCACUUGUGAAUUACAAAAUUACUAUGGCAACGUUCUCUGCAUUUACAUGUCAGUGCCAAGAUGGUGUCGAAGUUUUAAAAUAUUAUGAAUGAAGAUGUCAGGGCAUUUGGAAAACCUAAACACACAAAAGAGCACUCUUGUUGAAAAAUUCAGAACUUGUGAACUCAAGCCAAAAUUUAUGCUCUAAACUUCUUGGUGUUUGUGGAGUUCUCAAUACGAUAAGCAAGUAAAAAAACCAAGAUUGUUAGUGUAAUUUGUCAUCCAUGAUAUUACCGGUAAUACGUAAUUAAAUGGUAUUGAUUGUUGAACAAAUUCUCCUCAUCGGUAACAAAACAGUGCGAAAAACUGGAGAAUACACAUACUGACAUGUAUACUUGUCAGCCUUACUGAGGCCUUGAUGUAUUGACCGGGCGAUAGUGAGGUCAAUACAUCCAGGCCGAGGUCUGAGAUUUCGAUGUAAUUACCGAAAAGACUAGGUUAAUAAGUUUUUUAUUAUAUGGCAUUUAAUCGUUGUGGACCUGAGCCUGUGAUCAAGUAAAACCAACAACUGGUCAGCAGAUAACUUAAAAAAAAUGUCACCUCAAUGAGUUUUACACUCAAGCUCACAAUACACUCAGGUGACACUGGUCAGUGGAUACGCUUUUUGACAGCUGUCAAUCGACCAUAACAUAAAUGUCCAUAAGAAUGUCCACUAGCAAGUUAAACACAGAUUGUAUAUACCUUGGACACCUAGCUAAUAAUGCCUGGUCAUUAUAAGAAAACAGCUAAUCAGAGCACAUGUACUAUUGUAGCCAUAUAAUAUGUUCACAGUGUAUACUGUAUAAUUCUGAGGGCCAAGUGGCUGGAAAAAUGUAUUAAUUAUCUACCCACUGUCCUGUGGUAUGUCCCUGUAUAGGAUAUACAAAGUUCCCACCCACACCCUAGCAUGCAUCCCAGACGUGAUCUAACCCCAAUUAGUGACUUCUGCGAAGCAGAGCCGGGAUUCUUGUUCUGGGCCUCCAAAAGACUCCUUGAUCUACCAGAAGUGCUUUUCGAAUUUCCCCUUUAACCUUAUUGGUAAAUUAAUUAAUAGCUUUUUUGAUCGGCCAGUCAUGGUGCCUACUCAAAUCCUGGUACACAGGUAGAGGCCUAGAACAAAGGUUUAGGUGCUGUUUCGCAGACAUACUUAACCAGAGGUUUAGUUCUUACUUGGGACAGGCUAUAUACCCCCUUACUUCCACUGAUUAACAUUGCAAAAAAGUUGCUUUCGCUUAAGGCAUUGUCCCACAGUCUUGAUGUACCUCGUAAAAUAAAACCAUUAUUGUAUCCUGUGGCAGAUACCUAUGUACAGUUGAACCUUGGCCACCUUGGGGGCAGAAGAAAGUGGCCAUUGUAAAGAGGUGGCCGUUGUAGAGAGGUUUUAAACAAGAGUCAAUGUAUGAAUUUUUUGUCCGCCGGGUGGAAAAAAAGUGGCCAUUGUAGAGAGGUGGCCAUUAGCAGAAGUUCGGCUGUAGCUCAGUAAUGUGCUAGGUAACUGGAUAUGAUGACUGACUGUUGCCCUCAAUUUCGUUUCCCUCUUUAGCUUGCAUGCACAUUAAAUGUUUUGUUCAAUAAAAAUAUUAGACAAAAAACAAUUCGGCAGCUGUUUAAUGUAAUUAAAAAGUAAUUCAGGUCACCUCUGAUGUACAUUUUUUUGAUUGGUUGGUUCAUGACUUUUUUUUUCUAAAAAAUUAAUUUUAAUGCAAGAAAAGUUUUCUUGUCAUCAUUGGGCCUAUUUAGUUACUGUUGUCACAUCAUUCUUCUGGGUCUUUUUGUUCUUCUGUUCUCAGAGCUCUUGAAGAAGAGAGUGAAAAACACAAGGACCAUGAGCUGUUCAAGGCUGUUCAUUUUCCAAAUGAGCUUGGUCGCCUCCAGAGCUUAGAAGAGGAUAUGGAGUUUUAUUUUGGUUCAGAGUGGAGACAAGUUCCCAUGUCUGAUGCCACCAAAUCCUAUGUGAACAGAAUCCAUGAAGUCGCAGACAAAGAUCCAUCCCUACUCAUUGCUCAUCAUUACACCAGGUACCUUGGUGAUCUGUCCGGUGGGCAAAUCCUCCGUAAAAUGGCAAUUAAAGCAAUGGACCUUCCAAGCACAGGCGAAGGGGUAAAAUUUUAUGUAUUUGAGAACAUUCCUGAUGCAAAGAAGUUCAAGAUGAUGUACAGGUCUUGCCUUGAUGGACUGCGCCUUGAUAAAAUGAAAGCAGAUGAAAUUGUCAAAGAAGCCAGUUAUGUCUUCCUGCUAAACAUCUACCUGUUUCAAGAGAUCGACACUCUGGCUGGCUUUGAAGAAGAGCAACCCAAGAAGAAAAAGUUGACGAUUGAGGAGAUUCACAGUGCUGUUGAAGAGACUGGUAAAGAAACUUCUGGAGUCUGUCCUUUUGCAACCAUGGCCAAGAAAGAAGCAGCAGAAAACAGAGCAGGUUCAAAGCAAGAAGGGCGAGGCAUUAAUCCAGUGCUGUUGGCAUUGUUUAUUGCCUUUGCAGCCAUUGUAAUAGGGUUGUUUUUUCAGAAAAUGAGCUAA